AUGGCUGGCCGCGCUGAACGCUGGGAUCGUGAUCGCUUCAUGUACGAGCGGGAACGCGACCGCGGAUACCCGGACGACCGCGUUCCUCCUCCGCCUCGAAUCCCUGAUGAUCGAAGUCACUAUGAUGAGCGUGACGACUAUCGCCCCCCACCCCGCCGUGGCAGAGACCACUCGGAUGAGCGUUACGACCGAGGCCCCUAUGACCGCGGACACCGCGGCGCCUACGAUGACGACGUUGUGAGAGACCGUCGCCAUUUCGAGGAAGACCGCUACGGCCCUCGUCGAGGUGAACCGCUCGACCGCGAGUUCGACCGCCGCUUGUUCUUUGAAAAGGAGCCUGCGCCUCAGCGCGAAUUUCGGGAAUCAUCUCCGGUCCGUCGUCCGACCAUGGUCCGCCGUCAGUCUUCUCUCGACACAUUCGACCGCCGUCCGCUCCGCUUCUACGAGCGUGAAGAGUAUCCUCCGCCAGCCCGCCGAGAAGACGUCCGUCCCCGCGACCCUCGCGACGAUUACCGUGCACCACCUUACGUCCCGAUUCCUUUGCCCCGUACCCGCCAGCUGGGCCCCGCACCAUCCCAGCGCUACGACGAGAUCCAGAUCGCCGAGCCGGGCUACUAUGGCGACGAGGAGUUUCGCGGAAUGCCCGAGCGAGUGAAGGAGCGCGAGGUCGUCACGUCGCGCCGUCGCAGAGACCGCAGCCGGGAGUCCAGGGUGUCGAGGUCCACCAGAAAGAGCUCUCACCGCAGCAGCUCUCACCGAAGCAGCUCGCGGUCCAGCAGCACUUCCAGCAGGACGAGCAGCAGCAAAAGCGCAACGACUAUCCGCAGCAUGUACCCCAAGAAGGGCAAGACCCGUAUCCCGGCCCGCCUGGUGUCCAAGCGAGCCCUGAUCGACUUGGGAUACCCGUACAUCGAGGAGGGUAACACCGUCAUCGUUUUGAAGGCUCUCGGCCAGGAAAACAUCGAUGAGCUCCUGAAGCUCAGUGAAGAGUACAAGCAGAGUGAACUUGAGGUUGCCGCCGCCCGCUCAUCAGCCGCCCAUCUUGUUGACGAACGCCACGAGGAAAUUUACACUAUCCCUCCACCAGCGGCCGCACUCCCGCCUCCUCCAGCUCCCGCCUCGGUAGCCCCGCCUCCCGCUCCGCCGACUGUUGUCGCUGCUCCAGCCCCCGCUCCUACGGUCAUUUACGAGACGGCGCCUCCGCCGCCUCCUGCUCCUGCUCCCGCUCCCGCUCCAGUGGAAGUCGUCAACAAGACAACCAUCAUCCGCGACGUCUCUCCGGCUCGCAGCACGACGUCGUACACGACGUCGACUGCGCCGACAGUCUACGAGCGCCGCGAGUACAGCGAGGAAGUGCCCAUUGGGCCUAUGGCCGUUGCAGAGCGGCAUCGCAGCCGGUCCCGGUCGCGCAAGGACAUCAGAUCCGAGAUCAAGGCGCUCGAGGCCCAGCUUCACGACCGCCGACGGCACGGAAACCGCGAGCUCGUGCGCGCGGAGCAGAUGCCCGACGGCGCCGUUGUUCUGUUCGAGGAACGGGUCGAGAAAGUGGAGGAGCCGCGGCGCGGGGUGCGGAUCGAGAAGGAUAAGAAAGGUAGGAUGGCCAUCAGCGUACCAAAGUACUACUAA